AUGCGUACCAGAUGGAAGGAGGUGCUAUUGGUAGCAGCGUUAAUGGUCUUCAACUCAUGUCUGUCCACCAUUACGUCAUGUGAAGACUUACAAUCAGAGUUCCGGUACCCUUGUGUAUGCGAAGAACUGAGACAGAUCGGUGGUCUAGCGUUAAACUGCGAUGGUGUAGUAUAUCCAGGCGACCACGUGAAUUUACCAAAGGACGCGCCGGUCUUGGUGUUCACCCAGAGAAAUGCUGGUCACCAUUCUGUGCCCACACAACUAUUUCCGUCUACGGUCAAGCUUGACUUGUCGCAAAAUUCUAUAAGAAGAUUGUCCGAAAAGUCAUUUAAUACCAUACAGAAUACAGUUGAAGAUCUGAGGUUGGCCGGUAAUUUAUUAGGCGACACCUUAAAUCCAAUAUUUUCUUCUACGGAAUUUCAUGGAUUAUCGAAACUAAUACGAUUGGAUCUCAGCGAAAAUAGGAUAUCAUCCUUAGAGGAAGGCAUAUUAAAGGGCUGUGUACAUUUAGAGGAACUGAAGUUGGACGGUAACCGUUUAGCAUUUAUACCCAGCACGUCAUUGAAUGGCCCCGAAAUGCUACGGACUUUAUCUCUAAAAAAUAACCGAAUUGAUAGUAUUCAACAAGGUUCUUUUCUGUCACAAAAAUCUUUAAUUAAGAUUGACUUAUCGUCAAACAGAGUAAACAACAUUGAAAUAGGAGCAUUUGAAGGUUUAUCAAUGUUGAAACAGCUUUUACUAUCAGAGAAUCGACUGUCAAAAUUUAACAGUGAUGUUUUUUAUGGUGCAGAAAAGCUGGACAAAUUAGACAUUUCGAACAAUUUUAUUGUUGAAUUUCCAUCUCUUGCUUUAAGAAAAUUUGAUAAUUUAAAAAUAUUAAAUUUAUCUUCAAAUUUGAUACAAAAAUUGGAGAAUUCGCAAUUAACAUCAUUAGAAGUAUUAGACGUUAGUAGGAAUAACAUUGGGAACAUUUCACCGGGAACUUUUACGAGCUUAAAGAAAUUAAAAAUCUUAAACUUAGCUGUAAACAUGUUAAGAACUGUUGAAGAUGAUGCUUUUGAAGGAUUAACAAAUCUUGAAUCGUUGUCUUUGGAAGAUAAUAACAUCUUAUUGAUACCCGCAACUGCACUCAGUAAGUUACCACGUUUGAGCAAAUUGCGUCUGGAUUUCAAUAGAAUUGCAGCACUUUCUUCGAAUAUUCUUAGAGGGUUGUCAGAAAUCUUAAUUGAACUAGGUUUGAGCAGAAACGUUAUCAGAGAAAUACCUCCAGAUGUAUUUCAAGAUUUCAAACUCUUAAAAGUUCUUGAUUUAUCGGGAAAUUUACUAUUGUCUGUAGAACCGUCGACGUUCUCAGGUUUAGAAGACACUCUGGAACAUUUAAAUCUUCAAGGUAACAGAAUUGCUUCGCUUUCAUCAGAGCCAAUCAAUCUUCAAAAGUUGAAAACUCUCGAUUUGUCAUACAAUCAACUAAAAGAAAUACCUCGACAUACAUUUACCGUGAUGUCUUCGUUAUCAAGUUUAAACUUGAGCCACAACCCUCAUUUAGCUUUGAUACCUGUAAGCGUAUUCCACCCAUUGACACAACUACAAAAACUCGAUAUCAGCUUUACUAGCAUAAAAGUCUUGAGCCCUGAAUUGUUUUUCAAGACUUCGUCACUUACUCACCUUUACAUACAAAACAACGGUAUCACCGAGUUGCCGGAAACCAUGUUCCAAAGUUUGACGAACCUAGUUACGUUGGAUUUAUCGGAAAAUCAAAUAUCAAACAUACGCAUCGGUUCAUUUAUGGGCCUCUCUUCGAUUAGAUAUGUAAAUUUGUCUAAAAAUAAAUUGUCUUCAUUUAAAGGAGAAUAUUUCAUUACAAAACGAAGCAAUGGGACACCACUAGAAGAAAUUGAUAUGUCUAAUAAUCAAAUUAGUUAUUUGUUCCCGUCUACGUUUAAAGUACAUCCCAGUAUAAAAGUCAUCAAAGUAUCAAAUAACAAAUUUAACUUUUUCCCUUCUGAGCUUAUUGCUGGUCUGGCGAAUUUGCAAGAAGUAGAUUUAAGCAAAAAUAGUUUGAAAACGCUAGAAGAAUUUGAUUUUGCUGGUUUACCUCAACUAAGAAAAUUAAAUUUAGCAAAUAACCAAAUAGACACCGUAAGUGAGACGACGUUUCAUAAUUCUACCCAAUUGCAAUACAUUAAAUUGGCCAACAAUAAUUUGGAACGAAUUGGCGAGAGAACUUUCCAAGGAUUGAAUAGAUUACAAUACUUGGAUUUGGAAAAUAAUAAUUUGACAGAAUUACCCGAUUUAAUUUUCGACCGAACCCGUUUAAAAGUUCUCGAGAACAUUAACUUGGCCAAGAAUAGGUUUACAAUAGCACCGUUGAAAAGUUUACAGAAACAAUAUUUCUUUUUGUCAUCCGUAGACUUGUCUUCAAAUCAACUGACCGAAUUGCAAACCGACGACAGCAUAUUGGUAAACAUUAAAAAACUCGACUUGUCGUUUAACAAUCUAUCUGAAGCGACCAUUAAAAAUAUACUCAGUGAACCCAAAACGGUACGCGAAUUGAAUUUGGCGGGCACCGGUAUCACGUCAUUAUCGCCCUUGGAAACACCGUUCCUACAGAAGCUGAAUCUAUCCUAUAAUCGGAUAAAGGAAGUGAACGAAAACAUGUUUGACCGAUCGACACUGAUAGAGGAACUUGAUUUGUCGCACAACGAAUUACAAAGCCUGACGUCCUUGAGGGCCGUUUGGCCGAAGCUGAAUCAGGUGCAGCUGGUCGACGUUUCUUGGAACCCGAUAUCGAACGUCGUCGUGGGAGACUUGGACAAGCUGGAAUCGUUGCGGUCGUUGCGGAUCAACGAUCUGCUUGAAUGCGACAAGAUCGAAAAGAACGCGUUCAGAAAUCUCGGUAACCUGGUCGAACUGAAAAUGUACGAAUAUCCGAAACUGGGUUACCUGGACGUCACUGGCUUGUUGAACUACCUGCAGUCAUUGGAGGCGCUUGAGAUCGAAGUGAAAGACUCGUCCAUCGGCAGUCAGCUGUCAGCCGCCAUGAACCCCAGGCUCAAGUCGUUGACCAUACGCGGACAGCAGAUCACGUCCAUAUCGUCGGGCGCACUAGCCGGCCUCAAGUACCGGCAGGUGCACAUCCGAAUCCAAAACACAUCGCUAACCGCUCUGCCGCCGUCGCUGCUAAUCGCGUUGCCCCGGUCAUCGGUCAUCCAACUGGACGUGUUCGACAACCAAUUGGCCACACUCACGUCUCAGUUCCUGGCCGCCCUGGACGACCGGAGGAGCUCGCUGAAACUGAACGGUCUGCGCGCCAAUCCCAUCUACUGCGACUGCAACGUCAGGGCGCUGAGGCGGUCACCGCUCGCGUUGGACCUGGUGUGCUCCGCGCCAGCGUUCGUGGCCGGCAGCCUGCUGAUCGAGAUACCGGACGACGACCUGACCUGUGACGUCAGCCGACAGACCACGACCACGACCACGACGUCGACAACCGCGGCCACCACCACUGCAGCCACGGCCGGCCCCAUCGUCGUCAAAGCGCCCAAACAGCGGACGACCACCGAACCGGACAUAAUAUGGUCGCUGCCGCCGGCCACCGCCAGUCCACCGCACCAGCAACAGAAGUCGCCGGCCGUCGCCAAGUCGCCCAACCCGGCCGCGGCUGCGACCAUCGCCAACGACGACACGCUGAUCAUCGGCAUCGUGGCCGGCGUUGUGGUGUUCAUCGCCAUACUGGUGAUCAUCAUAUGCAUCGUCCGCAUACGGCUGUCCACCGCCGAGUACAAUUCGCACAUGAACGCCCUGCCACCCGUCCUCGGAGCCCCGAUGCACUGCACCAAUCAGGCGUGUCCGUGCCCCAAGGCCAACGGCCAGAACGUCCUGUACCCCAUGUCGCCGGCCGCGUCCUACAGCAACAGUUACGCCACGCUGCCCGCUCAUAAGCUGUCGUCCGUGUCGUCACCACUUCGGCAGUCCUACAACGCACUGAACGUGCCCACGCCGUACACGCAGAACCCGUAUUACAUACCGUACGGCGGCGGCAUUGACGAGAAGGACUACGCGAUGAGCAUGAGAUAG